ACGGUCCAACCGGUUGAACCGGCCGGGUUGACCUAGAUUUUAAAACAUUGAUCACAAAUCCUAGAGACUAUAUAUGAUAGGGAAAUAGAGUUUCUAAUCGGACCCACAAGACGUAUACACCAUCUUGGUGGUUGUAUGGUAGGACGUUGUGUGGUCCCAUGCAAAUUGAAACAACGAGCUAGCAACGCAUGUUAAAGAGGGGUUGUUUGGCUUUUCGACUGUUCAACAGCUAAGAACAAAAAAAAAAUCAAAUCAUUAUAAAAUUUACCUAUAAAUACAUAUAAGUGCACCUAUAGUUAUACACAUCAUUAAUUUCUUUCUUUAUUACACACACUAAAUUACCUUCUAAUAGUGUUUUCUAUACUCUCCCCCAAUGGAACAAAAUCCAAAUACUCCACCACGGAAAAGACGAAUCGACAAAAAAUGGAAACGAAUUGAAACACCUAGAGAUCCCAUUUAAAGAUAUUAAAUUGGCUACUAAGAAGUUCACUCAGACAGUCAUUGGCGAAGGCACAUAUGGUGAUGUAUACAGAGCAGAACUUGAUCAUUUUGAUAGAAAAGUAUUCUUCUCAUUAGAGAAGAAGAAGAAAGGUGGAGUACCUCCAAAGAAACGCAGCACUGUAGCUAUAAAACGUAUAAAAAUUAGAAAAGAUAAGCAAGGAGAAGAAGGGUUCGAUGCAGAGAUUAAAAUGCUUACUUGUUGUGAUCAUCAGAACAUAGUCUCUCUUCUUGGCUUUUGUAAAGACCCUCAUAUUAUACUCGUGUAUGAGUACGUUUCCAGAGGAAGCCUUGAUAGGUAUUUGGGAAGCACCGAUAACUUUCUUAAUCUUAAUUGGUUGCAACGUGUAAAGAUGUGCAUUGAUAUUGCACACGGACUGAAAUAUCUUCACACCAAGGCAGGGAGAAAAGCAAGGAUAAUACACCGUGACAUAAAAAGCGGUAACAUUUUGUUAACUGAGAAUUGGGAGGCAAAGAUUGCUGAUUUUGGGCUCUCCAAAUAUGGCACCGAGAAUACGAAAGAGAAAAGUCUCCAUACAGUCCAUAUUGCUGGUACAGAAGUGUAUUUGGAUCCAGAAUAUGAGAAAAAGAGUAAGCUAACAACUGCAACAGAUAUUUAUUCUUUCGGAGUUGUUUUAUUUGAGAUCUUGUCUGGCACACUUGCCUACGAUCCAGUUUACACCAAGGAGCAUCCAAGAGGGAUUGCACACGUGGCACGUCGACGCUUAAAAGAAGGAACAAUGAAUGAUAUGGUAGAUCAUAGAUUAUGGGAAACUACCCAUGAAAAUAGUUCCACUAUAUCUACACGACCCAAUCAAUGUUCCUUACAUGCAUUUUUUAAAGUUGCAUAUCGGUGCCUGGAAGAUACACAAGCUAAACGUCCAACAGCGAAACACAUCAUCAAGAAACUUCAAGACGUAUUAUGUUUGCAAGAGACAAAUUUGAAACGCUUGCCGAUCUCAUUCAUUGAUAUACAGUCGGCCACCCAGGAUUUUUCUAAAACAUACCUCACUGGGUUAGAUGCAUAUGGUAAGGUGUACACAGCAGCACUUGACCAUUUCAAUAGCAAUUGUUUUUUUACAAUACAAGAAAAGACAAGAGAUGAACUCCACAUGAAAAGUUGUAGCACUGUAGUUAUAAGACGCAUAUUGGUUAGAAAGGACAAACAACAAGGGUUCCUUGCAGACAUUCGAAUGCUUACUACUUAUAAGCAUCCCAACGUUGUCUCUCUUCUUGGCUUUUGUGAGGAAGGUACUAGUAUAAUACUUAUCUAUGAGCAUGCUUCUAAAGGAAGCCUCCGUGAUUAUUUGGGAAACAUUGGUUACUUGGGUAAUCUUACUUGGGUGCAACGUUUGAAGAUCUGCAUUGAUAUUGCUCGUGGGUUGAUAUACCUUCAUAGACCAGUGGAGGACAAACCAAGUAUAAUACACGGUCACAUAACAAGCGGUAGCAUUUUUUUUACUGAGAAUUGGCAGGCGAAAAUUGCUGAUUUGGGGCUCUCCAAGUUCUGCCACAAGAAUCAAAAACCAAGCACUAUGGAUAAGAAAGGUAAUAUUGUACACACACAGGUGUACAUGGAUCCAGAAUAUCACCCUUCGAAUAAACAAUCAGAUAUUUAUUCUUUUGGGGUCAUUUUAUUUGAAAUCCUUUCCGGGAGGCUUGCCUAUGAUUCAAUUUACACCAAGAAAAAUACAAAAGGGAUUGCAACAGUUGCACAACAACGAUUCCAUAACGAAACAAUAGAGGAAAUGGUAGAUCCUAGGUUAAUGGAAGAAACUGAUGAAAACAUUUCCACUCUAAAUAAAAGACCCUAUCUAGAUUCCUUGGAUGUAUUUUCAGAAAUUGCAUAUAAAUGUGUGGCAGAAACUCAAGCCCGACGUCCAUCAGCAGAAGAAAUUGUCAAGAAACUUGAGGAAGCAUUAUCUUUGCAAGAAAACCCCUCAGACUACAAAAAAUUCCUACUUAAGGACAUAGAAUUGGCCACACAUAACUUCAGUGACAGCAACCUCAUUGGAAGAGGAAAAUUUGGGAACCUCUAUAAAGGAGAAGUUACACAUGCUAAUGGACGUAAUGCUAUUGCUGCAAAGCGGUUGGAUAUGAAGCAUGGUCAUGGAGAACCACAAUUUUCUAACGAGCUUAAAGUUCUUAUGAACAAUAAACACGAGAACAUCAUUGGUCUUGUAGGCUAUUGCAAGAAAAUGAAUGAAAAAAUCCUUGUUUAUGAGUAUGCGUCCAGACAAAGUCUUGACAAGCACCUGGGUGACAGUGGUCUUACGUGGAUGAAAAGGCUGGAGAUAUGCAUUGAUAUCUCAAGUGGGUUGGAUUUUCUUCAUGGGGGCGAGGCAACACAUAAGUUAGUGAUUCAUAGAGAUAUCAAUAGCUCCAACGUUCUGCUAACUGAUGAUUGGAAAGCAAAGAUCAGUGAUUUUAGGAUUUCCUUAAUUAUCCCAAUAAAUGAGGAUAUAGACUCUGUCAUUGAUAAGGCUUAUGGCACGCACGGCUAUGUUGACCCACUAUACGAGGUAUCACUUUGCUUAACUAAAGAAUCUGAUGUAUAUUCACUUGGCAUUGUUUUAUUUGAGAUAUUGUGUGGGAGAUUGGGGUAUGAUGCUCAGAAGGACUCCUGUCUAUCUCAAUUGGUUGAGCACAACCAUAAUGAGGGAAAACUUGAUGAGUUAGUGUUUGAAGGCAUAAAGGACCAAAUUGCUCCAAAGUCAUUGACUGCAUUUCAAAGCAUAGCCCUUAAAUGCUUACAUCGCAAGAGAGAGGAACGACCCACAACAUAUGAGGUGCUACAACAACUUAAGAAAGCAUUGGAAUUCCAAGAGGAUUAUGAAAUAUGGAAGCCCAGAUUGCCCAAGAACUAUAAAAAAAUAUUCCUGCAGAUGUCAAACUCUCUAGAUAUCUCUAAUCAGAGAGAAAAGGACCUCUAUAACAUGCUGUGCAACGGAGUCCUUCUUGAAGAAGACAAAGUGUUGUUUGCACAAGACCGCAAUGGAGACAGAAAUGAAAUGAUAUCAGCAAAAACAUUUUCAUACAUUAACCAUUGUCGAUAUAGAUGGCGAUCAGUUCCAGAAUCAAGGUUUAGAGUGGUAGCAGAGAUGUUGGAUAUUAUGAAUCUAAAUGUCAAAAUCAAGACAAAAGCUCCCAAUCGUUUAUCUCCCGAUGUGGUUUAUGGGGUGUAUUUAGUCUUCAAAUUUUGUGAUCCAAGAACAGUUUCAACUAAACCUGUUUAUGUAAACCUAAAGUACAAAAAUGGGGGCGAAACCGCAGAAACCUCACAUGCAUAUUUUGCAACAUGGAGAGACAAUGAGUGGAUGAUGAUUGAGUUGUGCCGAUUCUUGAAUAACAGGGGACACAUCAUUUUUAAGUUUUUACUGGAGAGCUUCUCACGAUAUUACUGUGGAGAUAGUAACAUAUAUGUUCAAGGCAUUGAAUUUCGAGCCAUUGACAAUGCGGAACAUGAAAAUUUGGAGGGACUAAUGGAUGUUCAAGAAGUCUUAACAUCAAACUCAUAUGUGGAUUGGAUCCGAACUCUCCUACCAUUUGGCCUGCCAACUCGCUUGCAAAGUAUCUAUAGCCUGCCAACUCGCCUGCCAAGUAUUUAUGGCCUGCGAACUAGUCUAUCAAGUGUACGUAGCCUGGGAACUAGCCAGGCAACUUCGAUUACAAAUUUUUUUUCCAGAAACGAUGAUGCUGGUGAACAGAUAUCGAUCAAUGUGAAUGGAAGGAAACAUCAUCUGGUUUCAGCAAAGGCGGCUCUACACAACUAUUCGGAAGUGGAAUGUUUUAAAACACAACAAACAGAUCAAUACAGAUUUCCAGAGGUGAUUGAGCUUCUACCACAACAAGUAUUUGGUAUCAAAUGCACGAUUAUAAGUCGCAUGUUAUCACGAGAUACAAACUAUGUGUGCUACCUUGUGUUCAAGCUUUCGGACACAUGUCGUGGGCUGCAUUGUCCAGUGAAAGUAAGAGAUCUACCCCAUUUCGAAAACAAAGAUGAUGAAAUUAUUUAUUUUAGAUCACCAAGCCCAAGGAAUUUACAUGAUAGUAAUCAAGCUCCAAUACCAAGGGCAGAUGGAUGGAUGGAAGUUAGGAUCUGGAAAUUCAACUUAAAUGAAGUACUCAAAAACAAUUAUUUAAGUAUAGAUUUGAAGUUAAUUAGUUAUGAAGGAACUGUUUCCGGUCUUAUUAUAGGUGGCCUUGAGUUCCGGCCGAUAUCAUAAGAAAAUUUCGGUCACAUACUAUGUUCAUAACUAAUAUUAAUUUUCAUGAAUUACUUG